ACAAUUUUACAAAUAGAAAAACAAAGCCAAAUAACCUGUGGGGAAGCGAAGAGCAGCGAAGCAGAAGAAAGAAAAAGAGGAGAAUGGCGGACAGAGUGGAUCUGGAUGGAAGGGUAAUCGAUGCCAUGACGAUCUGCAUGAUCGGAGGCGGAGGCUUCAUUGGGUCUCAUCUGUGCGAGAAGCUGAUGCACGAUACACAUCACACGGUGCUGGCUGUUGAUGUCUACAGCGACAAGAUUGAACAUCUACUAGAGGCGGGACACCCCUGGUCUAACCGCAUUCAAUUUCACCGAAUCAAUAUCAAGCACGAUCCCCGCCUCGAAGGCCUUAUCAAAAUGGCUGAUCUGACAAUCAAUCUAGCUGCUAUUUGCACACCGGCAGAUUAUAAUACACGUCCUCUUGAUACGAUUUACAGUAAUUUCAUUGAUGCUCUCCCCGUGGUUAAGUACUGCUCAGAGAACAACAAACGCUUGAUUCACUUUUCUACCUGUGAAGUAUAUGGAAAGACAAUUGGGAGCUUUCUUCCAAAAGAUCAUCCUCUGCGACAGGACACUGAAUUUUAUGUACUUAAAGAGGAUGAAUCUCCUUGUAUAUUUGGUCCAAUUGAGAAACAGCGAUGGUCAUAUGCAUGUGCAAAGCAACUGAUUGAGAGGCUUAUUUAUGCUGAGGGGGCUGAGAAUGGCCUUGAAUUUACCAUUGUGAGACCCUUCAACUGGAUUGGACCAAGGAUGGAUUUUAUUCCUGGAAUUGAUGGACCUAGUGAGGGUGUGCCAAGGGUUCUUGCCUGUUUUAGCAAUGGCUUAUUGCGGGGUGAGCCAUUGAAACUUGUAGAUGGAGGACAGUCCCAGCGUACAUUUGUUUAUAUAAAGGAUGCCAUUGAGGCUGUUCUCCGGAUGAUUGAAAACCCCUCAAGGGCAACUGGCCACAUUUUCAAUGUAGGCAAUCCCAAUAAUGAAGUGACUGUGAGGCAGUUGGCUGAGUUGAUGACUGAGGUAUACUCUAAAGUAAGUGGUAAACCACCCCUGGACAUGCCAACUAUUGAUGUAAGUUCCAAGGAGUUUUAUGGCGAAGGUUAUGAUGAUAGUGACAAGCGAAUACCAGACAUGACUAUCAUCAAACAACAACUUGAGUGGGAACCAAAAACCUCCUUGUCAGAUCUGCUUGAGUUUACUCUGACCUAUCAGCAUAAGACUUAUUCCCAUGCCGUGAAGCAGGCGAUGUCUAAAGCAACUGCAUCAAGCUGAAUCUUGCCACAAUUCCACAGUUCAAUCAUCAUUGAGAACUAUUUAUCAAGGAUUUUAUCGGCUUACCAUUGCAAUUCUUCUGUGUACUUAAAAGUUUUUGUGCACUUGCCCUGAUCAAGUUUGGAAAAGUUUUUUUGUAACAUUUCACUGUUAUGUUCUCGAGGAGUGCAAGUCAGAAGAAGUAGAAUGUAGAAUUUUUUAUUAUUAUCAUAAUUAUUAAAAAUUAUUGUAUAGGCUUUCAA